CAUACUGCUGUUUGUAGCUUGCUCGACCUGACAAGUGGUUUAUGUGGAUAGAAAUAGCAGUGCUGCAGAGUGAAAAGCAGUCAACCCCGCAUGCUAGUUAGUCUUAUCUCAUAUUCUAACAUAUUUACUGUAGAGUUUCACAUUUCUGACAAGAUAGCUGGCUGAGCGGUCAAAUCAGAUAACUGUGGACUGUCCAGAUGGCGGCUGUGAGAAGUAUGAACAAAAUAUAUGGACUGUGUUUCCAUGGUAUUCGCCAGAUGGUAGGAUUGAAGCCAUCGAAGCUGCUUCAACACAGAGCCUUCAGAGUCUGUGCUGUGCACCGGCAGCAGCCCUUUGAUUCAUCGCUGGAAAAGCCACAGUUCCCUGGAGCCUCAGCUGAGUUUGUGGAUCAUCUUGAGUUCAUCCAGCCCAAUGUCAUCUCUGGGAUCCCAGUGUACAGAGUGAUGGACAGGCAGGGCAACAUCAUCAACCCCUCUGAAGACCCUAAGCUUUCCAAAGAGACAGUUUUGAACUUUUAUCAGAAGAUGACUCUGUUGAACACAAUGGACCGCAUUCUUUAUGAGUCUCAGAGGCAGGGUCGGAUUUCCUUCUACAUGACCAACUAUGGUGAGGAGGGGACACAUAUUGGUAGUGCUGCUGCUCUUGAUCCCAGUGACCUUGUAUUCGGUCAAUACAGAGAAGCCGGAGUGCUGAUGUACCGGGGUUUUCCUCUGGAUUUAUUCAUGGCUCAGUGCUAUGCCAGUACUGAUGACCUCGGCAAGGGCCGCCAGAUGCCCGUCCACUAUGGUUCCAAAGAUCUCAACUUUGUCACCAUCUCCUCUCCCCUGGCCACUCAGCUUCCUCAGGCGGCCGGAGCUGCAUAUGCAAUCAAGAGAGAAAACAUGAAUCGUGUUGUAAUCUGUUAUUUUGGAGAGGGAGCAGCCAGUGAAGGGGACGCACACGCCGGCUUCAACUUCUCUGCCACUCUUGAGUGCCCGCUGAUAUUCUUUUGUCGCAACAACGGCUACGCCAUCUCUACUCCAACCAAUGAGCAGUACAGGGGAGAUGGCAUUGCUGCUCGUGGUCCAGGUUAUGGCAUGUUGUCCAUUCGUGUCGAUGGUAAUGAUGUGUUUGCUGUGUACAAUGCUACAAAAGAAGCGCGCCGCAGGGCUGUGGCUGAAAACCAGCCCUUCCUUAUCGAGGCAAUGACCUACAGAAUUGGCCACCACAGCACCAGUGAUGACAGCUCAGCUUACCGCUCAGUGGACGAGGUGAAUUACUGGGACAAGCAGGACCAUCCCAUCUCCAGGCUCAGACACUACAUGUUGGCUCACAGUUGGUGGAGUGAGGACGACGAGAGGAGCUGGCGGAAGCAGUCUCGCAAGAUGGUGAUGGAGGCAUUUGAGAAGGCCGAGAAGCGCCUGAAACCCAGUCCUGAACUGCUCUUCACUGAUGUGUACCAGGAGUUGUCGCCCAGCCUGAACAAGCAGAGAGAGUCCAUGUGGAGGCACCUGCAGCAGUACAAGGAGCACUACCAGCUUGACCUUUAUGAUAAAUAACUGUACUGACAGGAUAGAACGACUCGUGAUCUGGCAAACAAAGUUGAGACUGGGAUAGACCAUUGCACAAUUUAUGUGUUCAUAAAACUGUAGUUUUGAUGUGCGUUAUCUUUCCAUACAACAAACUGACAUUUUCAUUGCACUUCCUGCUGCUAGGUUUAUGGUAUUAAUAGUUACCAGUAGUAAAGCUCUUCUAUAAAUACUAAAAUCAGAAUGCUGCUUCAUAUUAUUUCCAAGCUCACCAUGGUUCCUUUUGUAAAUGCAGCAAAAUAAGAGAUUAAGUUUGAAUUCAUUAUGCACAGAAUGGGAAAUCAAAUCGAGGAAGUUCACCUCUCUUCAAUUAUAGGAUGUUACUGUUUGCCUUGUGUCAUUGAGGCAACUCCUCUAAUUUAGUGUACACACCCAGAUUUUAGAUGGCUUUGUAUACUGUGAUGCUUACACUUUUCUGUAAAUCCCAGAACUGAACAGCCAUCUAACUCCUGAUGCGUGUUUGGUGAUUUGUGGAAAAUAAACUGUGAAACCUUAA